AAUAUGAGAAAGAGUAGCAAAUCUAAGGCAAGAGCAUUAGGUUUUGCUGGAUGUCAUCAGCAGUUGUAGAUACCACAGAAAGUCCACUGAAGGUGAUAGUACAAAGAGAAAGUUAAGUCUAGUCACUGACAUGGAGUUUACCAGGCCUUACCUGCCAAUGGAAUGGGAAGAGCGAUGGAGGAGAGAGAAGGAGAGGAGGAAAAGAGUGAUUGAAGAAGAUGGAGAAGGAAUAGAGCAGGACAACCGUGAGCUGAGGAGGAUCGUGGCUUACAAUGACUCCAGAAUGGGUGUAUCAAGUGGGAGGGGUAAGAAAGAGGGGUCAGAGGUCAGGAUGAGUUGUACUAGUCCGCAGGGAAUUGGGGAGCAUAUGAGUGAGCAGGCAUUUGGGGAUGAAGGACUUGGUAAUAAUGUCCACACAUAUCACAGUGAAACCUCUCUUAAAGAGAUAUUCAGGGCUCUGAAGGAACUCCAGGAUUCAUCUCUUCUCACAGACCUGACUCUGACCACUGAGAAUGGGAGCAGCAUCCAUGUGCACUCCCCUAUUCUGGCUGCUGUCAGCUCCGUCAUCCUGGAGAGACUGAGGGAAAAAUGUGGUGGUGUUAAGGAUGCAGAAGUCCAUAGGUGGUCAGUGUCUCUGGAUCCUGAGGUUGAUCAUGUUGGGCUUCAGGCAGUUGUGGAGUUUGCCUACGCAGGGGUUUUAUUUUCUUUAAAUGAAGACACCAUGGCUAAGAUCAAGACUGCAGCUCAGCUGCUGGGAGUCCCCAGAGUGAUGGAUCUCUGCAACAAAGAGGAAAGAAGGAAGAAAGAACGAAACACUGAGAAGGAAGAGCAAAAGAUAUCCGCUCUAGAACAGAUGAAGAUUACUCUUCAGUCCAUUGAUCAGCUUUGGGCAGACAGAGUGGGAUGUGAUGUGAUUUUGGAUGUGGACGGGGCUUUAUUCCAUGUUCACAGAGUUAUCCUGGCGGCAAGCAGUGACUUCUUCCGUGGCAUGUUCACCUGUGGGAUGAGGGAGUCCCAUCAGACUUGUGUUGCCCUUCCCUUCCAGUUAGCAUCUGAGUUAGAGGCUCUUAUUGGCUGCUCCUACACUGGGAGCCUUUCACUCAGCUGGGACUGUGUCUUUGAGAUCACCUGCACAGCCCUGCAGCUUCAGUUCCAACCUGCCCUCUCACUCUGCCUUGACUUCAUGCAACAGGAAAUGGAGGCAAGCUCCUGCCUGGACAUUGCAUCUUUUGCUGAAGCUUAUGGGAUGCCGGAGCUCCUUGAGGAAGCCAAUGACUUUGUACUGAGGAACUUCUAUAAGGUGUCGUCCACAGCAAAGUUUCAAGACCUACCAGCAGAGAAGCUUCUACACUUCCUCUGCUGUGAUGGCCUGUGCGUGCCCUCAGAGCUGGCUGUAUUUCGAGCUGUAAUCUCAUGGAUUGAGGCUGAUCCUGAGGAGAGACUUGACCAGGCUUCCUUACUGAUGACUGGAGUCCGUUUCCCUCUCAUGACAUUUCGAGAGUUCAGGGAGGUCAGGGCCAUUAACCUGCGCAUGGAAUGCUUUGGAAAAAAGGAAGUCGAACUCUAUGGUUCAGCACUCAAGGAAUUUGGUUUCAGCCUCCCAAAAUCUCAAGAUCAUUGGCGGAUCAGACGACCCAAAGUUGCUCUGGUUCUGGUUGGGGGAGACCAGCUGAACACAGAUAUGGGUCUGCGCAUACCAAGCAGGGAGCUGUGGUUUGCAAACUCCCUACGUAGUGGCACAGGAUUGGUGAAGGAGGUAGAAUGGAGGAGGCUUGGUGAGAUGCCAGACAAGCCUAGGUUCAGGCAUGGAGUAGCAGCAAUGGAGGGGAGGCUUUAUGUGUUUGGAGGAUGUUACUUCUAUGCUAAGGAUGACAUAAUGAAAUCUGCAUACAGGUAUGAUCCUGUGCAGAACAGCUGGAAGAGGCUGGCUGACAUGCAGGAGUUUAGAAGUAACUUCUCUGUGGUGGUACAUGAGGAGCGACUUUAUGCCAUUGGUGGAGAUAAGGAGAUCAACACCAACGUAGACAGCGUUGAGAUGUACAACCCAGACACUGACUCCUGGAGUUUUGUCCAGCCCCUGGACCAGGCUCUGAGUGGCUAUGCUGUCGCUGUUGUAGAUGGGGGAAUUUUCAUUUCUGGAGGUUUCAACUGUAAGUAUGUGUGUCUGGUUUCCAUGUUUCUGUAUCACCCAGCAAGAGGAACCACCUACCUGGCAGACAUGGCCCAUGACCGUGCCCAGCAUUGCAUGGAGGUCCUCCAAGGCCAUCUUUACGUUGCUGGUGGAGUGUGUAACCUGAGGAAAUUUUACACCGAUCAGCAAGCCUGUGAGGUGUAUGAUCCUGUGACCGAUUCCUGGACUGCUUUUGCAUCACUUCCUGUGCCCCAUGUGAGUGCAGCCUCAGCCGUCCUGGAAGACAAGAUCUAUAUACUGGGUGGUUACUGCCAAGAUGACUACAGUGAGUCUGCACUGGUCCACCGGUUUGAUCCCAGCACACAGCGUUGGGAGAACAUCGGGAGACUGCCUGGGGCUGUUACUGACAUUCGGGUAUGUCUGCUUCGAUUGCCUCAGCACUUUAGACAGUAACUUUGUGAUGAAUAUGUUUGAAGCUUCUAGGUGAAAUAAUCAAACAUUUUAAAGAUAAAAAUGUGGCAAAUUAUAACAAUAAUAGCAGUUGUGAAAACACAUUGACCUUUUUGUUGUAAUCUACCAGCGAACUUUGGAUUUUUAGCAAUACUGAAUUAGGUAUAGGUAUAUAUACUACUACUACUGUUUGUACUGUCAAAGAUACAAUUUAAAUCAAGGAAUUUAUGUCCAGAAUGAUUGUUUGGUGUGCUGUAAAUGCCAGAUCAUUUUUGUCCCCACAUCUUAUGUUGAAAUUAAACUAUCCCCAAGAGCUGGAGAUACAAUCUCAAGCAUUAGUUACUCCAUCAAUAAUAAAAAUAAUUUUAUUCAA